AUGCUAAUAGCUGCCCCAGAGGCGGGGAAACCGACGCCCCCGGCGGGGAAACCGACGCCCCCGGCGGGGAAACCGACGCCCCCGGCGGGGAAACCGACGCCCCCGGCGGGGAAACCGACGCCCCCGGCGGGGAAACCGACGCCCCCGGCGGGGAAACCGACGCCCCCGGCGGGGAAACCGACGCCCCCGGCGGGGAAACCGACGCCCCCGGCGGGAAAACCGACGCCCCCGGGGGGAAAACCGACGCCCCCGGCGGGGAAACCGACGCCCCCGGCGGGGAAACCGACGCCCCCGGCGGGGAAACCGACGCCCCCGGCGGGGAAACCGACGCCCCCGGCGGGGAAACCGACGCCCCCGGCGGGGAAACCGACGCCCCCGGCGGGGAAACCGACGCCCCCGGCGGGGAAACCGACGCCCCCGGCGGGGAAACCGACGCCCCCGCUGCCAUAUACAGCCACUGUCACAGAGAAGGACAAAGGUGCCCACAAAAAGCAAGGCAACAUUGGUGUUUGGAGGCUGGUGUAA